CUCUCACACACACGCACAAUGCACAAAAACUGGACUCAGCAGCUGGUCAGCAGAACCACACUUCACAGCUUUAAAACUGCACAGUGUGUGAGGUAAAUCUACACUUGACUUGAAACUUAAAGACAACAACGACAUAAGCUGCUACAACGGAGCAAAGGCAAGGAUGCUGAAGGGAAAAGUGGCAGUUGUGAGUGGUUCAGCUCAGGGUCUGGGGAAAGCCUUCACACACAUCCUGCUGGAGAACGGAGCUCAGGUGGCCAUGUUGGAUGUGAACCAUGUCAUGGGUCAGGAGCUGCAGGUCCAGUUAAAUCACCAGUAUGGAUCGGACCGGACUCAGUUCUUUAAAGCAGACGUGUCGUCGGAUCAACAGUUUACAGAUGUGUUCCAGGAGAUUAUCAGUAAAUUCGGUCACAUCAACAUAUUCUGUAACAACGCAGGAAUCGCUGAUGAGAAAAACUGGGAGAAAACUGUGUCCAUAAACCUGUCAGGUGUGGUGAGAGGAACAUAUUUGGCCCUGGAUCACAUGAAAAAGCAGAAUGGUGGAAAUGGAGGUGUUAUCAUCAACGUUGCAUCACUGGCAGGACUUGGCCCAUUUCCGUCAGCUCCUGUUUACACAGCGACCAAAUACGGUGUGGUGGGCUUCACCCGUGCGAUCUCUAUGGCAUCUCAGGCCUCAGCUUAUGGCGUGAGGAUUAAUGCUCUGUGUCCAAGUUUUGUCAGGACAGCGCUGAUUGACUCGUUUAAACAGGAGGACAAAACAGGACAAUUUCACAAUCUGGUUUCUCUCACACAGAGUCUGAUGGACAAAUUCACUCUUAUUGAGGUGGAGCAGGUGGCGAAGGCGUUCCUGCACUUGAUUAAGGAUGAGAGUGUGAAUGGAGCAGCUCUUGUUGUGAAAAGUGAAGGUGCAGCAUACGCCACGUUCCCUAAAGAAGUGGAGACCACGCCCAUCUCUCUGUAACCUUAGAAACCUCUUAGAUUAUUGGACCAAUUGCUUUCUCGUCUAAUACAAACCUUGUGAUUACAGAUAGUGAGCAGUAAUAAACACUGAUCAUCACACUGAACACAAUGUGUCUGUAGAUGUUCUGAACCUUCUUCUGCUCUCCUACAUUACUAACAAAAGCCAAUGUCUAGAAAAACUACACCGAAAUAAAGAUUUCAAAAUAUGUUGAUCUCAAA